GACGGCGCGCCUCCUUCCCAAAGAGAGGCAAGGUUAGCGCCCGUAUGGAAGGAGGGCUAGCGGUUUCUCAGGCUCAAGCCGCGGAUCCUGCCUCUCAGAAGGGAACUAAAGCUGAGCAGCUAUCCUGGGAACAUGGCUUUCAGAAACAUGAACAGAAAGAGACAUAUUGGACUGCAAGAACUUUCAGCUUUGGCUUCUACUGGACGGACACUUUUAGGACCCAUGAAAUUGUCCAAAUUUAUAGUUGAUGAAAGUAUUCCUGGUGGUGUGUUGAUUUACUCUCCAUUGAGACUUCUUGAAAAUUUGGAUUUAAGCAGUGCUGUGGGGCAGCUUCUUAAUGAAGCCAUCCAAGCACAGAACAAAGAUUAUAAGACAGGGAUGACCACUCUGCUGUUCCUUGUUAGCACAUGGAGCAAUGCUAUACUUGAGUGCCUUCAACAUGAUGUCCCACUUUCAGUCAUGGUAGCUGUAAUGUCUGAAGGUCUGAACUCUUGCAUUGAACAAGUGCAGUGUAUUACAUUAUCAUUACACAACAUACAGCAAAAGCUAAUGGAGAUUCCUAUAGAGUGUAGUGACAGGAGCCUUAUCAACAACAGGUCUGACCCCUCUAGUAUCUGGCAGUUUACAGACAUUAAAAAAACAGUUAGCAAGUCUGACUCUGGUAUUUUAAAUCUGCUCAAAAAUGAACUAUCAGAAGAAAAAUUAGAAGAUCAUACCAUCCAGCAAGCAAAUGAUAUGAAUCCAGGGACACCCACCAUCAACAGCACGACAUGUUUACUAUCUGAGUCAAUGAACACCAAUUUUGUUGUCAGUGUUUGCAAGAGAAUGAUUCAGAAAAACUCUGAUUUGCAUAAUUAUAAUGUGGAUGCAUUGACCUAUAACAGAAGAUCAAAAGUAACCCAUAGUAGAUACUUUAGCAAUGUAAAUAACUGUCAUUCAACACAACAAACAAUUCAGCUAGAUGGAUGCCCAAAACAUUUUGACAGGCUCAGUGAUUUGGAACAACUAGCAUUAUCUCUUAGCCAUGGAAAUGAAUCUGCCAUGAAACUGGUUCAGGACAUUCUCAGAUGCCAGCUUGCAGGUGCCAGUCAACAAACUGAUACCUGUCCUUUCCAAUUUAAUAUUUCAGAAAUUGUGACAUGCUGUUUAUCAGGUAUAUCUGAAAGUCAUUCGUGUGUUCAUCCUGGCUAUAUCACGUUAGUAUGUCCAGCAAAAGCCGCUGCUGUGAAGCAACUUCAGGAUAUGCCUGUUCGUGUUAUUCUUGCAGAUGGUGACCUAACUGAAACCUAUCACCAUUUAGGGUUCAACAGGUUAGAGAAUAUGAGCAUGUUUUCAGAAAGUCUGUCUCAUUCAAAGGCCAGCUCAAAUUUAUGGGUUGAUUUUAUAAUGGACAUUCUAAUUCAGUCUAAUAUUAAUUUAAUUUUGGUACAAGGUGACACCUGUAAAAUUCUAGAAGAAAAAUGCCUCCUGCAUAAAAUAGUGAUAAUUAAUCAUGUAGAUCAUAAUGUAUUGAAGGCUUUUAGUAAUAUUACCAGAGCUGAGAGAGUGACUUACAUCAGUCAAGUGAAUGAACAUUGUAUUGGCAAAGGCAUAUGCAUGAGUCUCUGUGGAACUCUGGAAUUAAAUUUGGUGGAGGUUGAUGGCCAAAUCCCACUUGCUUUAACAGCAGAAGGACUUCGGUUGGUAACAGUUGUGCUCUGUUGCCCAUUUAUGUCAAAGAUGCAGGCCAUGGAAGAUCAGUUUUGGACCUGUGUGUAUCGUCUGCAUCAUGCACUUCUCGAUCAAGCUGUUUUUCCAGGAGGUGGUGCAGUUGAGCUCCUAUGUCUCAGUUUUCUUGAAAAACUGGAAAAAGCAAUCCCAAACUCUACAGGUCAGUUUCAUUCUGCCUCUUCCUGGUUUGCAAAAUCUUCAGAACAAUAUAAAUCAUUGGUACUUAAUGCUUUGGCACGUGGUUGGCGCCAGUACCUUUUUGCUGUCAUGGGUAAUGCAGCAAACUAUAGAUCAGAGUUUGAAACCAGCACUGUCAUACAACGGCAUCUCAGAAGAGCGGCCAUGUAUGGUUCACCAUCAGCCUAUAUCCUGGAGGAAUUUAAGAAGGGGAAGAUAGGAGGAAGCCCUGAACAUGCUCGCAUAGAUGGAAGGGCUUUAAAAGUGUGUGACAAUGUGACUGCCAAGAUAGAAGCUUGGCGCAGAGCUCUAGAAUUGGUGCUCUUGGUCCUUCAGACGGAUGCUGAAAUCAUCGUAGGCCCAAAGAGGGAUGAACUGUUGAAAUCACAGGACUCAUGCGGCUUCUUGUUUUUAUAGGACACUGUGUUGCUGGUAAGGUUAUAUUUUUUGAAUGUUACCAGUAUUUGUGGGCAAAGUCAGAAGCAAAAAUGUCUCUGAGAAUACAGUCCAGAAUUACUGAACUUUUGUUUUAUAAAUCAGAGUUCACCCUCAGGGAAUGAGUUCAGUCCCUGAAAGACUCAUUUCCAUUAACUGAAAUUAUAACUCUGCUUUCCUUAAUUGGCAGUGAAGUAAUCCUAUGAAAAUUGAAUUGGAGCUGUUUCCACUCUUCAGAGUGGGACUUAAACCCAUUUUAAUUCUAUGAAAAUGUUGUCUUUCAUCAAACAAAUAUUAAAAGGCUCAACACUACAGAAAAAGUAAGGUAUUUUUAAAAACAGUGUUUGUAUCGAGAUGUUUAUUAAAUUUGUUUAAAGAAAUGC